GUAAUUGCUCCAUGUAAUAAAUUGUUUUUCUCUACCGAGUUUUGUGCGCUAGUACAGCUGCUGUUUCUCCGUCGCUUCGUUUGAUUUCCCGAUGCAUCAUUCUUUCGCGCACUCCAGAUAAAGCCCAACAUGGAAAACCAGAGUAAUCGAUGGUCGGUACGCUGGUUGCUGGUCGCAGCCAGUUUAGUGCAACUGGUCAACCAAUGUGCUGCAUUUUACGUGCCCGGAGUGGCGCCGGUGGAAUUCAAGAAGGGCCAGAAGAUCGAUGUAAAAGCGGUCAAAAUGACGAGCACACAUACGCAGCUGCCAUACGAGUACUAUUCCCUCCAGCUGUGCUUACCGAAAAAUGGGACAUUUGUGUAUAAAAGUGAAAAUCUUGGCGAGGUUCUUCGUGGAGACCGUAUCGUCAACACGCCAUACGAGGUUCGGAUGGCCGAAAACAUCCAGUGCAAAUUGCUGUGCAACUCAAAGAACCGACCUAUGAACUGGGACCAUGAACAGUCAGCUAAAGUUGCCGAGCGGAUACGGCAUGAGUACUUUGUGCAUCUCAUUAUCGACAAUCUACCGGUGGCAACCAAGUUUGUCAAUCCGGAUACGAUGGAACAACAAUUUGAACAUGGUUAUCGUUUAGGGCAAACGACCGGCCCUAAUGUAUACAUUAACAACCACCUUCGGUUUCGACUGUUUUAUCAUCUUCACAGCGAGAACCAAUACCGAGUAGUCGGAUUCGAAGUGGAAACUUUGUCGAUCAGCAAAAAUUCACUAAGUUUCGACGGUGACACGUGUACGUUCCCAGAAAACCCUAAACCUCAAGCGGUCAACCCGAACGGAUUGACGGAGCUGUACUUUACAUACUCGGUUGUAUGGCAGGAAUCAUCCGUUAAAUGGGCAUCCAGGUGGGAUAUUUAUCUGGGCAUGAACGACGUCCAAAUCCACUGGUUCAGCAUCAUCAACUCACUGGUUGUCGUGUUCUUUUUAUCAGGAAUACUAACGAUGAUUAUGGUUCGUACGCUAAGACGGGAUAUUGCCAAGUACAACACAGACGAUAGCAUUAGCAUUGAGGACACUCUGGAAGAAACCGGGUGGAAAUUGGUGCACGGUGACGUUUUCCGCCCGCCUCGACAUCCCCGAUUGUUUGCGGCCAUCAUUGGCAGUGGCAUACAAAUCUUUUUCAUGGCUCUCAUUACUAUCAUAAUUGCCAUGCUUGGAAUGUUAUCCCCUUCCUCGCGCGGAGCGCUGAUGACUGCCGGAAUCAUGCUGUACGUGUUUAUGGGGCUCAUCGCCGGAUACUUCUCAGCACGCAUCUACAAAACAAUGAAGGGCCGUAAUUGGGAGCGUGCUGCCUUCCUCACCGCAACCUUCUACCCGGGACUCGUGUUUGGCACGUGUUUCUUUUUGAAUUUCUUCAUCUGGGACAAGCACUCCAGCGGAGCCGUUCCUUUCGGUACGAUGGUAGCCCUGCUUCUGCUGUGGUUCGGCAUCUCGCUGCCAUUGGUUUUUCUCGGAUACUACUUCGGGUACCGCAAGCAACCGUACCAGCACCCGGUGCGCACCAACAUGAUCCCACGGCAGAUACCGCACCAGCACUGGUACAUGAACGUUGGACUGUGCAUUCUUAUGGCCGGCAUCCUGCCGUUCGGGGCCGUGUUCAUCGAGCUGUUCUUUAUCUUUUCGGCGAUCUGGCAGAAUCAGUUUUACUAUCUGUUCGGAUUUUUGUUCUUGGUGUUUUGCAUCUUGAUCGUAAGCUGCUCGCAAAUAUCCAUUGUAAUGACCUACUUCCAGCUUUGUGCCGAGGACUAUCGCUGGUGGUGGAGAAGCUUCAUCGUAUCGGGUGGUUCAGCCGUGUACAUACUGUUCUAUAGUAUAUUCUACUUCUUUACCAAGCUCGAAAUAACGGAAUUCAUUCCUACAUUACUGUAUCUUGGAUACACUGGACUUAUGGUAAUCACGUUCUACAUUCUCACUGGUACGAUAGGAUUUUUUGCUGCAUAUGGGUUCAUUAGGAAAAUUUAUGGUGCCGUCAAAAUCGACUAAAGGAACGGUAACAGCUUUCGUUCUCGUCGAGAUGCUUCCCCGUUAUAUGAGCGGGUGAAUUCAACUAAACCGUUCUAACUGUCCUUAUUUUAAUUGAUAUGAAAGGCAAGUUUCUCUCAUUCAAAUAGGGGAAAAGUACAUACAAUUGAACACUCGGUAAAUGUCGAUUUCUAUGCUACAAACGCAUAUGCCACUACAUUAUCCCCCCAAAACUUGUUUGUGAUAGAACACCGCAUGCCCGGGUGCAAUUGAACUUUUAGUGCGUAAGAACGAGAAGAAUCGAAAACAAAUUCCGACAGUACGACGGAUGUGUGUGCACUCAACGCAUUUUUUUUUUACAACGCCGCUCUCAUCACACGGCACCUGGAGGUCCUGUGAAACGACAGUAUUCGUUUUAUAGACCGGCACUGACAAAGAACCAAGGAGCAUGGCAAUGAUUAAGCUUAAUUAAUUGUGGCCCUAUUAGAUGUGUUUCAAAAAUUAUUACUAAGCUAGCAGACUCGGCCUAACCUCCCCCCGUUGAUGUUCCGGAUGAUACAGAGAAAGUCCUGAGUCCGGGACACACUCAUUUCUUUGUUUUAGACUUGUUUUACAAUUUACAUCUACAAAAAAUAAUGACGCCGAGGCUACGCGAUUUUAGUUAGUUGUAAAAUAAAGUAAGAUAAGUAUAAAUGGACUACGAAAAGGAUAAAUAAACAACCCCAUAACAUGAGCGAAUAUCGAAUUACGUGUAUGUUCUAAGCAUUCAUGUUGAAUGCCUUGA